ACUGACUGGGCGCAGUAAUGGACCUUCUAAAUGGCUUGGUCAACCAAGCGACGACGUUCAAGCGACGCAUGUAGAAGCUAGCUAUCGCCACACAGAAUGGCUGCGCCUCCACCGCCCUAUCAGGGCAUUCAAAUGCCCGCAUUUCCUGCUGGGCUGCCUCCGCCUAGCUUUCCUCCUCAGGCCGGGGGCUUCUACCAGGCGCAGCCCGCACCAGCCCCACAAGCGACAGCUCCGCAGCAGGCGCUGGCCCAAAUGCAGCUGCAGCAACAACAGAUGCAAAUUAUUCAGCAGCAGCCCGCCGAAGCGGCCCCGGCACCAGCGGGACAGCAACAGGCGCCCACCCGGUUGGAGGAAAACCGACCACCACCUCUGAGCACAAACCCAACGCCCGUGCGCCGGGGCCUCUUCAACUUCUUCCGGAGAGGCAAUACGAACGACGGUUCGCAACAGGCAGCCGGGGCGGCUGGCGCAGCCGCGGCCGGUGCCCCAGACCCCAACGACCCCGACGCAGCGGCGGCACAGCUGGGCCCCUCCGCGUCUCGCGCGGGAUCUCAGGCGGGGUCACAGGGCGGGGCGCCGGGGGCCGGCACGGAGGGCGGUGCCGGCGCAGCCCCCGGCGCGGGCGGUCAGCCUCAGGGUCCGGGCAUCAUGCAGAAGGAGGAGCGGGACGCACUGCAGGUGGCCAUGGUGUCCUACGACAACAGCUACAAGCUACAAGAGGAGGCGCCGGCCGUCACCGCCGCCAUCAUCCUGCACUUCGACACCGGCCGCAUCACGGGCGCGCCGGCGCCGCUGCCGUCUCGCCUGACGGCGCAGCACGAGGGCCGCUUCGCUCGUGAGGAGCUGGGUCUGUACCGGGAGAACCAGUGCGUGCUCAGCGAAAACUCCCUCAACAAGACGGAGCAGCGCAUAGCCAAGGCGGCCACACUGGACAGGGCCUUGCUGGCGGAGAUGGCUGGCGGCAACGCGGCUGCGGGCGGGCAGCAGGUGGCCAUCAUGGCUCAGCGGCAGGCGGUGCGGGCGCAGGAGGUGCAGACGCAGCAGCUGCAGGUGGGCGCACUCCCCACACUCACGGAGGAGCCGGAGGGGCAGGAGGGGCAGCUGGCGCAGCCGCCACUGGGGGAGCAGCCGCAGCAGUCUCCGCUGCCACCGGGCGCUGGCUCACCUCCGCACGGGCAGCAGCUGCAGCCGGGGCAACAGCCGCCCAUGACGCCAGGAGGACCCACGCUCCCGAUGCCGCCUGGGCCCGGUGGCUCGCCUCCCAUCAUGGCGGCGGCGCAGCUGCCGUUGUCGCCCGGGGCCGAGGCGGCGGCCAUUGCCGCAGCCGGCGGCGCCCUCACGCCCGAGCAGCAGGCGGCGAUGCAGCUGCACCACCAGCAGCAACAGCAGUUGGCGGCGCAGGGCAUUCUGCCGCCUGGCGCGCAGGGCGACCCGGCUGCAAUGGCGGCGAUGAUGGCGGCAGGAGGUGGCGGCGGCGGCGUUGAUCCCAUGGCGAUGGCCGUGGCGGCUGCUGCUGCGGGCGCUCCGGCCACCACCGCCAUUCAGGACCCGCUGUUUGCAUACCAGUGGCUGGAUGAGAACGGCCUGAUGGUGUACGUGCCUGACCCUACCAAGCGCGACAAGGAGCGACCCGCCCGGCGCUAUGACCAGGACAAGGAGAUGACGCGGACGUAUGUGCGGCGGCCGGUGGUGGACGCGGUGGCUGGCGCGGGCGGUCGUGGCGGUCGCGGCGAGUCGCGGCUGUACCGGCUGGACAUCGAGCUGGGGCGGCUGGAGUUCGGGGUGCACCCCGCCAUGAGCCAGGAGGACCUGCUGGCUGCCCGGCUGAUGGCCCUGUUCCGCGAGUACAAGAAGCGCGAGGCGGUGGGGCUGGUGCUGUUCUACGCCGGCCGCCUGGCCGCGCUGGAGGACAGCCUGCUGGGCGCGCGCGAGAAGCUGUUUGCGCUGCAGGCCACGGAGGCGGCCGCUGACGAUGUGCUGGACGCAUACGCACUGCUGGGCAAGAUUGAGCGGGAGGUUGCGGAGCUGCGUCAGCUCAAGGAGGAGGAGGAGGCGCUGCUGACUCGCACCGUGCGAGCCAUGGAGCGCCAGUUCGAGGCCCUGCGCGGCAUUCGGCAGCAGCAGGGCUACGCGCUAACAAACCUGGAGCUCACGGUGCUCACACGCCCGCCGCUGGAGAUGAGCUGGAAGCAGGGCGUGCUGACCCGUGAGCGGCUGGACGUGCUGCUGGUGACGGCGGAGCUGGAGGACAUUGCGGGCCUGCCUCGCUUCCCGGACCCCCUGCCCGUGCCCGACCUGGCAGACUUGCCCCUGCCCCGAGUCAACGCCGCCGGGCUCCCCGCCGCCGCCGGGGGCGGCUUUCCCGGCGCCUUUUCGGGCGCCCCGGGCCCCUUCGGGGCGCCCCUGGCGGGCUAUGGGGCGCUGAUGUCGGGUGGGCAGUCGGCUGCGGCUGCGGCCAUGGCGGCGGGGGAGGGCUACACGUUCCGGCUCCGGCGAGUGGAGUCCAUGUGCGCCGCGCACAGCGCGCUGCUGGCGGAGGCGGUGGCGCGGCUGGAUGCACUCAAGAACCGCCCCUCCGCCGACCCCGAGGACCCGGUGCUCAAGGCGCUGGAGGACCAGGUGGCGCUGCUGGGGCGGGCGCCGCGGCGUGUGGCCAUGAUGGCAGAGGACAGCCUGGAGCUGCAGCGCCGAGCCACCGAGAUGGUCAAGGCGGGGCAGGUGCACGUGAGCCGUCUGCCGCACCUGGUGCCGGUGCUCACCAUCAACCCCACCGGCGCUGCAGGGGGGCACCUGCCGCCCGCAGCCCAGCAGCAGCUGGCGUACAUGCAGCUGCAGCAGCAGGGGCAGCAGCAGGGGCAGCAGAUGGUCAUGACGCCGCAGGGGCUGAUGCCGGCGCCGGGGCAGCAGCAGCAGCAGCUGGGCCCGGGGCAGCAGCUGCCGGGAGCCGGGCCGCAGGGGCAGCACAUGGGCGGGCCGAUGGGCAAUCAGCCCAAGACGGUGGGGAAACAGGGCAGCAAGGGCAGGUACUACGUGAAGCUGUUCGUGAACCACAAGUUCGUGGACCAGUCGGAUGUGGCCACACUGGCCGAGAACUUCUCGGGCGACUUCAAGGACCUGUUCAGCGUGCAAGUGAGCCACUUCCCCGAGUCCAUCCUGGUGCAGCUGUAUGAGCGACACGCGCUGAGGGACUACUUCGUGGCUCAGGUAUACGUGGCGGUGCCGGGCGUGUCCGGCACGCCACACGUGGACGCCACGCCGCGCCCCUACCAGUUCACCUCGCUCACCGCUUUCCGCACCCGCGGCCCCAACACCAGCAACCCCAACGGCGGCGGCCUGUCCGGCGCCAUGCCGCUCAUGCCCUCCGACACCGGCCGGCCCGACGGCGCGCCCGGCGCCUUCGCCACCGUGUUCCCCGCCGGCACGCUGUACGUGCGGUGCGGCUGGGUGUCGCAGCGGGUGGCGGCGGGCGCGAGCCUGGAGGAGAGGGUGGUGCCCAAGGCCAUGACCACGUACGACAACCCGCUGGCGGACCGGGGGCGGGAGGAGGGGCCGCUGGGCACGUGGGCGGGGCAGCCGGGCAGCGGCGUGGUGGGCGCGCCGGACAUUGAGAGCGGGCGCAGCCUCAUGCCGCCGCUGCCGUCCGUGCCCGUGGACCGCAUGCUGCGCCGCGCCGCGGAGCGCAUCGGCGGCAAGGCCAACCGCGCCCAGAUCAUGCGGUGGCUGGCGGACAACGUGAUCGACCCCAACGACCCGCGCAACGCCCCGCUGCUGGAGCUGCUAAAGACGCACGAGGCCGCCAGCGGGGCGCUGGGCGACCUGUUCAGGCUGGACAUAUUCCCAGACGUGGCCAUGAAGGACGACCGUGUGGCGGACAAACGCAUGAGUGUGCUGGCGCGGCGCUGGCAGGCCGGCAUCUACCGCGCCCCCGACAAGAACCUGCUCAAGGGCGUGCGCUCCGUGCCCCUGCGCGCCCCCCUGACCUCCGAGGAGACGUCGCAGCUGGACAGCCAGUACCUGGACCAGCUGGCGCUGCUGGAGGAGGCGGCGGACGGCACGCAGCUGGGGCUGGCGCGGGUCAUGAUGGCGCGGCACGAGAAGGCCAUGCAGGUGCAGAUCGGCGCUCGGCUGACCAACGCAAUCAAGGAGCGCGAGGAGCGCAUCCGCGCCUUCGCCAUCCGAGUGCGCGCCGCCGCGGCCCGGCUGGCGGGCGGCCGAACCAUGGCCCGCCGCUUCCGGACCGAGGACGUGGUGAACGACGCGCCGCUGCCGCAGUUCAAGCUGGAGCUGGGGGCCAUUGCGCAGCUGCUGGCGCCGCGGCGGCCGCUCAAGAGGUCCAAGAAGCUGGUCAAGUCGCUGAUGACGUCGGUGCCGCGCGAGACGCAGCUCAUGGUCACCAUACAGCGCGCAGCCAGCCUGCCCGCGCGCAUGGCCAGAUCGGCCGUGGGCGGCACAGACGACAAGCGGCUGCGACGCGGCGCGGGCGUGGACCGGCGGAGAGGCGGGCGGGCGGGCGGCGACGGCGGCGACGAGGGCGGAGGCGGUGGCGGCGGCCUGCCGUCGGGGGCGCCGGACCGGCUGUCACAGCAGCGCAACUGCUUUGUGGAGGUGCGCUUCCGCAGCCUGUCGCAGCGCACCAUCGCCGUGCCGGGCGAGUUCCCCAUCUUCAACGAGGAGAUCGACCUGGACGUGUUCCGGGACGACGGCCGCGACACGCAGCAGGCCGGCCCCGAGGACGGCUCGGCGCUGGAGCCGUCCCCCAGCGCGCUGCAGGAGAACUCCGACCUCAUCACCUUCAACGUGUUCGAUGAGAUCAUCGUGGAGCCCUCAGAGCCAAUUACGCUGCGCAGGAGGGACGCGGAGAUCAGCGACCCGGUGCGUCUGCCGGAGCGCGAGCGGCGCUUCCUGGGCUGCGUGCGGGUGCCGCUGAGCGCCGUGUACCAGAUGCAGGUGCUGGAGGGCACCUUCAAGCUGGAGGCGCCGCCAGUGGUGCUGGGAUACGUGCAGACCAGCCAGCGGCCCAGCACCGUCAGCAUCUACAUGACGCUGCGGCCGCGGCUGGCCGCCCCCGCCGGUGAGAUGGACGAGCGCAUCACCUCGGGCGAGCAAGAGCAGGUCAACCGGCACGCACAACGGUGGCGGGCGGCGCUGCUGGGGCGGGCCGAGUGCCGCUCGCGAGUCAUCAAGGUGAUGGCUGUAGACGCAGACGGCGCGGCGGUGCUGGUGUGCCGCUACGUGGCGCCCACACUGCUGCCGCCCUCGCUGGCCGUGAACGUGGCGGCGGGCGGCGCGGCGGUGGCGGCGGGCGGGGUGGAGAUGCUCAUGCUCAAGCUGGCCAGAUUCGUGGCGCACGUGCCGUACAUGGAGGACAGCGGCCUGCACAAGCGGCGCAACGACAUCUGGACCAGCAGCAGCGAGCUGCUGCACCUGGCGGGCGGCGACUUCGAGGAGCACGCCCACCUGCUGGCGGGCUACUUCCUGCAGCUGGGGCUGCAGGCGUUCGUGGUGGCCGGCACGUCGCUGUGCGGCGCUCGCAGCAUGUUCGUGCUCACCACCGGCCAGGCCGCCGCACCGCCGGGGCAGCCGCAGGCGCCGCCGCCGCCCCUGCAUCUGAACGCGGAGCUGCUGCGGCUGUGGAACCCCAUCACCGGCAGCGUGGUGUCGGUGAAGGACCCCACCGGGGAAAUGCGCGAGGUGGGCCAGCUGUACGACGGCUCCAACAUCUGGGCCAACACGCAGCCCACGGGGCGGCCGUGGGAGAUGAACUGGAACCUCACCAGCGGCCGCGACUGGGUGCCCUUCUUCGGGGCACAGCUGCCCCCGCGAGAGAUCGCCACCAUACAGACAACGCCGCUGUACGAGGAGCUUGAGAAGCAGUUCUAUGAGGAGCUGGAGGGGCGCGUGGAGAAAAAGGUGGAGGAGGCCCUCAGCCAGGCUCGUGCCGCGGGCGCCUUCGUGACCAAGCCCGACAACAGGGUGUCCCGACUGCUGAAGAACCUGCUGAGGGAGAUGCCCAAGACCAGCGAGGCCAUCGCGGCCGCCUCUCUGGCCGCCAGCGCGGCGCUGGCGGAGGCGGCGGGCAAGGGGCCGCUGGAGGCGCCGCAGCACUUGGGCGAGCGACACAACCUCAUCACCGGCCUGCAGGCCAGCCACAACGAGCGCAUCCGGCGCGAGUCCAAGGCCGAGGCGGUACACGGCCACGUGCUUGCGCUGCCCUUCAGCGACUCCUACCUGGAGGCGGUGGCGGACGCAGUACUCAACACGGGCAUCCACCGGAUUGCGGACGAGCGGGUGAAGUUCAGCACCGCCGUGUUCGUGGAGCCGCUGGGCGCGUCCUUCGUGUGCUGCGUCUGGAUCUAUGUGGCGGCGAUUCGCUCGUGAUGAUGACGUGGCUGGGCGGCUGCAAACAGCCUGCCCUUCGCGACCUUCGGUUUGGCAUCAACGUGCCAGCUGGUGCUUGUGCUUAUCAGGGGAGCGAGGUUCUCAUGCUCGUGAGCUCGUGAGCAAUUGAUGUGAUCACGUCCUACGGCGACAAUUGCCGGGCCAUCUGAUUCGUGGGAGGCAAGCAAUGGCUACGGGAUCGGGGGCGGGGUGCUAAUAAGGUGUCUUGCAUGGGCGUGCAUGCAUGCGGAUGCAAGUGUGUACCGGUUGCAAGCUGGGUCGGCACUGUCAAACGCUACACCUGCUGCGUCGGGUGCACUAUUAGUAAUGGCGGUCUGAUUCGGGUCGUGCGGAUGCACUGCUGUGUCGUGUGCCCUCUGUGACGUUGUAGUCUUAUAGAUAGUGGACACGUGGAGUUUAAAACACGACCGCCUUUAUCGGCGCCUCGGUGCACACUCCGGCGGCAUAGACGGGCAGAGGCUGCCUUGUUGCUUGCGUUGCUUCAUGACGUCAGCAGUCGCUCGAGACCUCGUUCGUGACUACCGCUGUGCGGCCCGGUGUCUUGGAGCACGAAUGCGACGCGCGGCACCAGACAUUCAAGUUGUUGGCAAUAAUGGUCCUGCUAGCGGCUUGGGUACGGCCCGAUGGGCUUCUUUUGGUGAGCCUGGCGCAUGCACAUGCACGAGACGCGUUACCGUAUAUGUGUGGUGUAUAAUUGGAUUCCGGUGGCCGGUCUUUCUUAGCUCUUUGGCGCCAGCCAUGCUCCUCACGUGGUAAUGUCGUCACACAGCGCCAGUCCACCCUGAAUGGGUCGGCCACACCACACCGCAUACAGCUGACACAGCUGAUGCUGCAUAUGCACACAUCUGGGUCGCUGCCGGGCGGUAGCUAGCAGCACGUCCAGCAGCUCUAGACACAGAAGAAUUCGUGGGUGGCUCGCUCAGAAAGUCGAGUGGGCACACGCACAGUGAUGCGAACUACCAGACUGGGAGCCUAUUUGUGUAUGUGAUCUAAGUGCGAGAAGUUUCGUCGGCGGUUUCGUGGGGACACCCAGGGCCAGGGGAAAGCUGUAUGUGUGGCCACGUGCGUGGGUGGCAGACACAGAACGGUGCAUGCGGGCGUGGCUCACACAGAAAGUUGCGUGGGCACAGGUAUCAAUGACGGAAGUGCUCAUGUUUAUACGUGCUCAGAGCAAGGCAAAGACGCUUCAUUCUGCGUCAGUUUGGCGGUGGCCAACUGGCCAUGCUGGGCAUGGCCGCCAGCGCAGGCCAGCCAUCAGUGAGGUCCAUAAAUACGUCCAGAACGGGCCACAUCCCUUUCUUGGUUCCACGCAGACCAUAUGUAGCCAUGCAUGCCCAUUAU